CUCGGAUACAUGCUGUAGCUGCUCGCCCGCACUGCAGAUUAACUCUUACCGUGCCGGGGGGAUGCAGCGAGACAUGGAAAGGAUUGGUCAGAGCUUCUCCUGACCGAAGCUCACGUAACAGCUCUUCAGCCAGCAGUCACUCUCCCUGGGGAUCACAAGGACGCCUCCUAAACUCAGCUCAUUCCUCAACCUGCCACACAGAGAGUGUGGACCGAGGCCAGGCACUGUAGAAAUGGGGCACAACACAAGGAUGCACACAGGAGACGCUGAGCGAGGAGUGUGCUUUUGAACGUUAUGUCUCUUCUUCUAAAAGACAAGAGCUGUAGAAAACUGUAGAAGCCUCAAAGCUCUGAAGACCACACAGUAUGACCCGCUGCUUUCCCACGUAUGGUGAGAGAGGCUAAAGUUGGCCACACAUCUGUGUGUGUGUGUGUGUGUAUCACACUGUGUUGAGGAGUAUUUAACUACAGCAGGAAGUGUCUGGCCUCGCCUCCAGUCCAGAGCGAGGCUGUAGUGUGCAUCCUUCGUGUUCCGGAUGCAGAACAUCCUCGAUCAAAACUUAGACAUGGCCACGGCUCUACUCGCCGGCGAGAAGCUGAAGGAGCUGAUCCUGCCGGGCUCCUCUCAGGAUGAGAGGGGUGGGGUACUGGCCGGCCUCAUGGUGCAGCUCAAACUGGAGCUGCCCUUUGAUCGUGUCGUCACUAUAGGGACAGUCAUCAUCCCUAUCCUGCUGGUCACCCUCGUCUUCACCAGGAACUUUGCAGAGGAGUCCAUAUACUGUUACACACCGCACAACUUCACCAGAGACCAGGCACUGUAUGCAAGAGGCUACUGCUGGACAGAGCUGCGGGAUGCUGCACCUGGUGUGGAGUCUCACCUUUGGCCUUCACUGUUUGAACACAAGUUCCUGCCCUAUGCCCUGCUGGCCUUUGCUGGAAUCAUGUACAUUCCUGCUUUGGGCUGGGAGUUCCUCGCCUCUACGCGGCUCACUUCAGAGCUCAAUUUCCUACUUCAAGAGAUUGAUAACUGCUAUCAUCGAGCCGCUGAGGGCAGAGCCCCAAAGAUCGAGAAGCAGAUCCAAUCCAAAGGACCUGGCAUUACUGAGCGAGAGAGGAGGGAGAUCAUCGAGAAUGCAGAGAAGGAGAAAAGCCCUGAGCAGAACCUGUUUGAGAAAUAUUUAGAGAGACGAGGCCAAAGUAACUUUCUGGCUAAGCUUUACCUAGCACGCCAUCUGGCUAUUAUCUGCCUCAGUUCUAUCCCCAUUUCCUACCUGAGCGCCUACUAUGCCCGCCAAAGGCAGAAUGAGUUCACUUGUGCACUGGGUGAGCCUCCGGACAUUAGCAGCUAUCAAGAGCUGAAGCUCAGGGUCAACUGUAAGCUGCCUGCUGUGCAGCUGCAGCGCAUCAUGGCAGCGGUAGAUAUCGCUCUGCUCUGCACCAUGAACCUCAUCAUUCUGGUUAAUUUGCUGCACUUGUUUGUGGUGCGCAAGUCCAACUUUGUAUUUGAUAAACUGAAUAAAGUUGGUAUUAAAACACGGCGGCGCUGGCAGAAAUCUCAGUUCUGUGACAUCAACAUCCUGGCCAUGUUCUGCAACGAGAACAGGGACCACAUCAAGUCGCUCAACCGGCUGGACUUCAUCACCAAUGAGAGUGACCUCAUGUAUGACAAUGUGGUCAGGCAGCUGCUGGCUGCGCUUGCACAGUCCAACCAUGAUGCUACGCCCACUGUGAGGGACUCUGGGAUACAAACACUCGAUCCCAACAUGGACCCCUCUGAUCUUGGAGUGGGAGAGAUGGCUGGGGAGCCGCUGGUCAUCAAACGGCCCCGCAAGAAGAUGAAAUGGAUCCCAAGUUCAAAUCCUCUCCCUCAGCCCUUCAAGGAACCUCUUACCCUGACACGUCUGGAAAAUAGCACCAAGCCUGAAAAACCCAAACCAGUCAGACGAAAGACAGUGGCAGACAACUUCAUUGCACCAAUUCUGGAUAGCAAGAGCACACAAUAUCCUGCAAUAAAAGAUUUGAGUGGGAUGGAGAAAAAGCACACUCGCAACUUCUCUCUGGAUGUCCACCCAUACAUGCUGACCAUUCGUAAGCCCAAAGUGGAGACCACAACCGCAGAGCCUCUACCCUCAGAGCACAACAUGGACACAGUGUACCUUGAAGGCACACACACUAUUGUUCAUGUGUCUGGUGCCAUUACAGAAACCAAGGUUUGCUCUCCAGAAUCGACCAACACUGCCUUUUCUACAGUGACCCUGCCCACCACCACUUACGUAAAUGGCGUCAGCCCAAACCCUCCCUCCAGUGAGGACGCCCUCAGCCCCAAGUCCUCUCCUCUACCCCCUCCUCCUCCUCCUCCCCCAAGGGAGCCUCACACCCAGAAGGAAAACCCAGAGUGUCAGCCACCGCCCCUGACCAGAGCCCCUACGCACCAGCUGCUGAGUAUACAUCACACGCUCUUUGAAGAAGAAGAGGAUGAAGAACACCGUAGGGAUAGACUGGCAGAGAGACCCGGGGAGCUCAUCGCUGCUGGGGAAUGUUGAAGGAGGAGAAGAAGAGGAACGUUGAUUGAAAUUCCUCUUCCCGACACUAACACUCUGUGCACAGGACCACCAUGUCCAUCACCUCCUAUCAGCAGCCACCUCUACUUUUUCAAUUAGCUCACACACUUCUGUGAUGGGUGGAUUGGACAGUGAGGAAAUGACAUGGAACUCUAGUAGUCGUAAAAGUAAAAUGACUCAGAUUUUAGAUGGGAAAACCAUUCAGAUAGGAUAAGACAAAAGUUUGUGUAUUUGAUAACACUGACCAGAGUAUUGCUGUAGGAAAUGAUGUCAUGUCUCAGGAUGACUGUACAGCUAAACACCCUCCAAUGAAACCAGCAGUGAUUUAAUUCAACAGGGUGCUACAGUGCAGGGUCAAACAGCUAUAUUAAAAAGGCUUAAUGAACGGAUCAGUUGCAACAGGAGACGAGCGAGCUUUCUAAACAAACAAACAAAGAAAAAAAAAGACACACCUUAGAGAUGCAUAUCUGCAAAGAAGACUGCAUUAUAGCUUCAAACAAAAUGUAUUUUAAACACAUAUGAUAACGCUUAGUCCCUUUAUCCCAAUAGCCAAGUAGAGAGGUAGCUCACGCAAUACAGUUGAGAUCUGCACAAUUAAUAUGCAAAAGAUCACAAUAUAUGUGUGGCAAUAAUGUAUGCGCUUGCAGCAUCAUAUUUCACAGAACGCUUAACACAUAUAGACACUGUAUAUGACUCAGUGUUUGUGGGGUGUUUAAAAUAUAGCACACGUUUCAUGGCUUUAUCAUUGCCAUUUCAGCGCUGAUUAGGAACGUGUGUCAGAUCUUGACUAUAUUUGCACGUCAUUAAUAACAGGAAAUUGGCACAUUAUAUAAAGGAACAGUAAAGGAACAGGCUAUAAUAAAAAGGGUGGUGUUGUGAGGUGGCGUGCAACCACAAUAUUGCUCUUUUUGUCUAAUAGGUAUCAGAUAUCUUUGACAGAAAUGCAGUGAUGUGGGUGCUUUCUUCUGAACACUUUAAAAGCAACUCUAAUGUGAUGAAUGGAGCUGGACUCAACUGGUGUGACCUAUGUGUUCUGCUGGCUUCUUGUGGGAGUGCUGUGAUGUAAAGUGAAUGAAGUGAUGAGUAGAUGUGAAAUCGUUCCACAGAGGAAGGUUUAUUACACGAUGACUAAGCUUUUGAUUGCCAUCUGCUGUCUCUGACA